AUGUCUCGAUUUGUUCGUGCAUCCAAGUAUCGCCAUGUAUUCGGACAGACAGCAAAGAAGGAGCACGGAUAUGACAACGUGAAGUUAUCCAACAGCGCAUGGGACACCAAUCUCGUCUCUGCCUCCGGGCGAUACAUCAGCGUUAACUGGAACGCAUCCGGAGGUGGCGCAUUCGCAAUACUUCCUCUUCCCUCCCCUUUCGCAGCUGUACCCAACUUCCCGUACAAGCUUCCUGAUGUCAUUCCCCUCGCGCGCAGUCACACCGCCCCCGUCCUCGACACCGAUUGGUCCCCGCACAAUGACUCAAUUGUUGCUUCGGGUGGUGAGGACGGCAAGGAUCAUUGGGUACCAGAAGACUUUGACCCCGUCGCCCGUAUCGAUGCAUCACCGCGCAAGAUCGGUCAGGUUCUCUUCCACCCCACCGCAUCUAACGUCCUCGCCAGUGCAUCUGGCGAACAUACAGUCAAACUUUGGGAUCUUGCUGAUACCGAUCGUCCACGGUCUAUUCUCACCGGACAUAACGAUACCAUCCAGUGUCUCGCCUUUAACCCUACCGGCACCCUCAUGGCAACGACUUGUAGAGACAGGAAACUCCGUCUAUUCGAUCCUCGCGCAGGAGGUGAAGCCGUUCGCGUAACUGAGGCGCAUGGUGGUAUCAAGGGCGCCCGCGUCGUGUGGAUGGGCGAUCUCGACAAGAUUACCACCACUGGCUUUAGCAAGAUGAGUGACCGUCAAGUGUCCAUAUGGGAAACGGGAGGUCUUGGAAAUACCAAGACGAUGACCAUUGAUCAGUCUGCUGGUGUCAUGAUGCCUUUCUGGAGCGACAAUGGCAUUCUUUUCCUGGCUGGUAAAGGCGAUGGUAAUAUCCGAUACUACGAGUACGAGAGUGACUCGCUAUUCGCGCUAGCAGAGCACAAAUCGGCAGAUCCCCAGCGGGGAAUUUGUUUCCUACCUCGUCGUGCUCUCAACGUUUCGGAGUGCGAGAUCGCCCGCGCGUACAAGGUGUCAGGGUCCUGCGUGGAACCUAUCGCCUUCAUCGUGCCUCGUAAAGCGGACUCAUUCCAGUCCGACAUUUACCCACCUGCGGCCUCGUCAGAGUCUGCUCUAUCUGCGAGCGAGUUCUUUGCUGGAAAGGCUGCCACAUUGAAGCUCGUUAGCCUCGAGAAUGGCGCCGUGUUCAAUGGUGCACAGUCAACAUUCACGCCCUCGGCGCCUGCGCCCGCACCCGCACCGACACAUGCGCCUGCACCAACUGCGUUCAGCGCACCUCCACAUGUCACAAAAGCUGUCUCCAUGCCUGCGCCUGCGGUACAAACACCAGUCAUGUCAAGAUCUGACUCGGCACCAAUGCCCCCUCGACCCGCCUCACCUAUCUUAGAGUCUCCAGCCAUCCUUACUCCACCAACGCGAGCCAACGAUGAUGGCAAGACUACUGUGUUAGAGACUGAAGUCGACCGGCUCAACAGUGAGCUGCGCGCAGCACGGGAAAAGAUCCGCAACAUGGAGUUGCAGGUCGAGGGCCUUAAAGCCAACGCGAGGAAGGCGGCUCAGGCUUUGAUGGAAGGAUGA